CCGGACCGGACAGGAAAGGACCGGACCGGCCCGGACAGGACCGGCCCGGCCCGGCCUCCGCCUCCCCCGCCGGCCGCGGGUCGUGGGCCGAUGCUGUGGUCGGUGCUGCAGGCCAAGCCCCGGGCCCUCAGCCCGCCCGGCCCCCGCCUCCGGCCCGGUGCCGGUGCCGGUCCCGGGGGGGGUCCCGGGGGUCCCCGCGGCUACCUGCGCCCCGGGAACGAGCGCCGCUGCCGGGACCUGCUGGCCGCCGCCACCGCCCGGGCCCGGGACCGACGAGCCGCCGGGACCCCCGGGACCCCCGGGGCCGCCGCCGCCGCCGCCGCCGUGCUCGUCCCCCUCUGCACCGUCCGCGGGGCCCCCGCCCUGCUCUACACGCUGCGCUCCGCCCUCCUGGCCGGGCGACACCGCGGGGAUGUCAGCUUCCCGGGGGGCAAGUGUGACCCCGUGGACCGGGACGUGGUGGCCACGGCCCUGAGGGAGACUCAUGAGGAGCUGGGCCUGCAGGUCCAGGAGCGGAGCGUGUGGGGGGUCCUGGAGGCUGUGCCCGACUCGGUAAAGCUGGGGCGCGGGGGGCCCCCCACCCCUCGGCGGCCCCGCCUGGCUCCCUCCGGAAAUCGUCCCGGGCCCGAAAAACUCCCACAUCGUUCCUGUCGUCGCCCAGGUGGGAGCCCUGGAGUCCCUGUGUCUGACCCCCAACCCCCAGGAGGUGGACGAUGUGUUUACCCUCCCCCUGGCCCACCUGCUCCAGGACGGCAACCAAGGUUACACCCACUUCUGCGUGGGGGGGCGUUACCGCUACACGCUCCCCGUGUUUCUGCACGGUCCCUACCGCGUCUGGGGGCUCACGGCCAUAAUCACGGAGCGAACGCUGGAGCUUCUGGUGCCCGGGGCCUACCGCCGCCGGACCCACGGCCCGGGGCUCUGACCGGACGGCGCUCCGCCGCCCCCGGCCUCCGACGGGCUGGGCCUCCUUCCUCUCUGAUGGGCCGGGGCCUCUCCCACCCUCUGACGGACCGGGGUCCCCCCCACCCAUGGGCCCGGUCCCUUACUCCCCGCCUCUCCCAGCCUCUGGGUUAGGUCUCUGAAGGGUGGGGUCUCCGCCACCACCCCCAGUCUGACAGGCUACGUCUCUCCUCUCCCUUUGGCUCUUCCAUCGAGGCCCUCCAGGAACGAUGCGGAGCCACUGGGCCAGGCCCCCUCCCCCCUCCGUAGGGACCUGGAGACCCCCACAUUUAGACGUGGAAGGGGAGUGGGCAAGCUCAAGCUGGAGUCCUAAAAUCCUGCCUUUGCACUGACCCGGCCCCAGAUGUUUUUCAAUAAAGAGCCUUCGGAAACUCAA